UAUAUUACUGAUUCUCUGCGAGGAAAUUUAGAAACUUCCCCCUAAUGUCUGAAUAUAUUAUGAACAAAAAUCAUCAAGUAACGUGAAGAAAACGAGGAUGAACCCAAUUGACCUUGGGUGUUAUAGAAAUUUCAAACACUUGACCCGACGACUAAUCCGCUAACAAAGCGUGUCUUGAGAAACCAUUAUAUAUUUGUCUCCACUGUUCCUGCAAAAUCAUAUUUUCCUAACACUUUUCUCUGCCAAUCACGCUCUUUAACUGCCUCAAAUUCUAGCCCCUUGCAAAAUCUCCAUCUUGCUCGAAAAUUUUCUGUUAUUUUCAGAUAAACUUAGAUCAGUUUGGCUCUUGCAGAAGCUGUAAAGUCCCAGAAAGUAGUUUAUGUCGGCUGCAAGAUCAGGUUUUCUUUGUUCUGGUAUUCCCGUUGGAACUUCUCGCAGAUCCCCUGUUUCAUUUCGUAAUCCUAGUCGUGUUCUGAUUACUUCAAAGCGCGAUAUCAGAAGCUGUUUUCUUGGAAACGGCCGGAGUUUUCAGUUUCUCACCAACGGCCUGGGAGAUCUAAUUGCCAGCACUACAAAGCUGGGGAACAUGGCUGUUGAUAGCAGUUCACAACCAGGACCUAUGGUUCCUUCUGAUCCUUCUCCUAAUUCAUGGAAAAUCUGGAUCGUUGGGAUGGCUGCGUCUGUGAUUCUUCCAUUUCUGGGGAUCAAAUUUGGACCGUUCAUGAAAUUUAAAAAGCAAAUUGACUCGGCGAUGCAGAUAGCAGAAGAUGUGGCAGAGGCCGCAGAAAAGGUGGCUGAGCAAGUAGAGAAAGUUGCAGAAGACAUUGCCGAUGACCUCCCGGCCGGCGGCAAACUUAAAGAUGCUGUAACUUUUAUUGAAAACUUAGCCAAGGAAACAGCCGAGGACGCCCAUCGUGCAGAUGAACUAAUCGACAAGGUUCAGGAAGUGGAAGAGAAGGUGGACUCAUUCAUCGAACCAAACACUGAUAAAGCGAAAGCGAAGCCUAAAGAAGCAAAUGGUUCAAAGCAAAACUAGAAAAUACCAUUAAAGAGCUGGUGGUGACCUUGACAUAUAAUUUGUUGAACAGAAAAUAUCAUUGAAAUGAGAUGCUUCAUCAUCUUCAUCAUUAUCUCCCUAUUUUUAGCUGCAAUUCAAUUAGAAAUUCUUGUACUUAGUAUUCAGUCUUUAUCAUUGUUAAAGAUGUUGAAUUUCCAGUCAUAAUACAUAAAUAAAGUACAAAGAUUUAACCGUUA